GGUUUAUAUUUUGUCUUAUUCUCUAUCUGCGUCUACAUUCUCUUUUACAAAAAGGGGAAGAAUUCUCCACUCAACAAGCCACUGAUUGCGACUACCAUCACCUUAUUCAUCAUGUGCACCACUCAUAUUGUGGUGGAUUUUGUGCGGGGAUGGAAGGCCUUCUUCAACUCGCCUAUGUCCCCACUGGAUUACUAUGUGCGAAUCUGGGACCCCUUGAACAUUUUCAAGCAAGCUCUGUUGACAUUCAGUAGUGUCGUUUCUGAUGGCUUAGUGGUAAGUCUACAGGUCUAUCGCUGCUAUAUUAUCUGGGGACGCAGAUACAGCAUCGUGGUGAUUCCAAUUAUAAUGCCUGCUGCCACUACAGUAUGCGCAUUCUUGGCAGUAUACAACUUCUCCAAGAUCCAACCUGGCGAAAGCGUUUUCACCUCCAUCAUCACCGAGUGGGCCACUGCCCUAUUCAGUUUGUCACUUGCAACAAAUGUCAUCAUCACAACCCUCAUCGCCUCACGCAUCUGGGCACUUCGUCGUCAGGCGUCGUCUACCCUAGGUCGCCGACAUACAGCAAAAUACACGAAUGCCAUGACUAUAAUCAUCGAGUCUGGUGCCAUUUAUUCGGCUUCUGUCAUGACUCUGCUCAUCCUCUACUGCAGACGAACAAAUGCUCAGUACAUCAUCUAUGACACUGUUGCCCAAGUUAUGGCGAUUGUUCCUACUAUGAUCAUCAUGAGAGUCGGUCUAGGGAUCAGCACAGAGGACGUUGCCACCUAUGGCACGCGGAUAGUUGUGCAUGAUCCCGAGGAGGGUCGCCGUACCUUCGCUCUCCCUAUGCGGUUCCGUCAGAACCUGGGGACGGACGCUCCAGCUUAUGAACUAGACGCGCGUGUGACGCGCAGUAGUAUUACGGACAAGGUGCCGGUGCUAGGGCAAGGCUCCUCGCAGUGA